ACCUCCCCAAUAAAACCCGCGCGCCACUCGCCGCGCCGCGACGCGCCCCCCGCCUCCCAACCCCACACACACCACACGCCGCGCCUAGCCUAAUCGCCAUGGACGCCGCCGGUGGGGGAGGCGCCGUCGCGGCGGGCGGCGGCGCCGACGACGCGGACGCCGCCUUCUUCUCCCCCCGCGGGCGCCGCUGCUGCGGCUGCUUCUGGGCGCCGCCGUGGGCGGCGGCCUCCUCGCCGUCCCCGUCCCCGCGCGCGCGCCCCCGCGCGGAGCCGGCGAGCGAGGAGUGGUGGCACCGCGUUGGGGCGGCGUCGGGCCGGCGCCGGUGGUGGCGGCGCGGGGUGGACGCGCUGAUGAAGGUGCGGGAGUGGUCGGAGCUGGUGGCCGGCCCGCGGUGGAAGACCUUCAUCCGCCGGCUCCGGCUCCGCCGCGGCGGCCCGCGCCACGGGGCCGGCGCCGGCGGCGGGAAGCUCAACUACGACCCGCUCAGCUACGCGCUCAACUUCGACGACGGCGGCGGCGGACCCGAGGGCGACGACGACUACGCGGGGCACCUCGACUUCUCCGCGCGCUUCGUCGCGCCGCCGCCGGCGGCCUCCGCCAGGUCGUCCAUGGACCUCGGCGGCCGCGACGCGCCGCCGCUGUUCCUCCACCAGGCGCACUCCCCGCGCACGCCCCCGGCCGCGGCGAGGGGCUGACGUCGACGCGGCGCCCGGCGGGCGUAACCGUCGGCCUUGGCCGCGUGCCAUUAUCAUUAAUGGGGCGGUAGGGGGCGAUAAGGCCGGGAGGGGAGGCCGUUGCUUUCGUCCUCUUGGUCGUCCGGUUGUUCUUGCUUUUUGCUUGCGACGAGAUGACGAAGCUUGGUGUCCAUAGGGUAGGGAGGUCCUUAUUAAUUUUUUCUUCUUCUUGUCUUUUUUUUUUGCUUGUAUUUUUUUUGUAAAAUAGAUUGCUACUCUAUACUGUCCAAAAUUGUCACUAUAUAGCCAUAGAAAUUGUUCGUUCUUGGAGGAAGAGAUGAGACAAGCACAGCGCAUCAUGUUCUAUGCUCA